GUUACACCCAUCUUCCAUGAUGAGGAGACACGCUAGAGGCCCUGUGCUUGACAAUCCAGUUAUGGACCUCAGCAUACAAGGGGAUAAGCUCGAGCAUGACCGAAUCCAGCUCGAGCAGAACCUUCAACACACCGACCUCUCCCUCCAUCUCUCUUCCCAGGACGAUGACACAGUGGAAUACCCGCGACACAAUUCCGCUCCAUCCGCGUUCCACGAGUUCGUCUCGUUUGAUCGUCACUCGCGCGACUACGACCAGGAUAUGCAGAGCCAAAUUCACGCCUGGUCGUACGGCGCGGGCGCUGACGACGAUGAAGGAAUCAGUCCAUACGGCGAGACACUUUCAACUGCCGCCCAUCACGCAAGCGCCCUCACGCUGAGUGCUGGUCUGGGUGGAAGACGCGGGAAGCGGGAUGCCAGUCUCAGUGGAGCUGAGUACGACCCUGAGCGACCUCUGCACGACAUGAUGGCCGCUGUGGACCCGAAGCUGAGUAUCUUCGACGCCGAUCCAUCUCGCUCGCAUUAUGAGCAUGUGUAUGAAUCGUUCCGUAGCCCUGGCAAACUUGACCGCGUGCUGGAGUCUGGCCAUGCCCCCAUAUCCCACUCCCGCUCUGUGCGGAUCCGUUCACCUCACUCCUCUGCGAGCUCAUCCGCAUCUUCCGACUCGGACAGUCCCCGUCCGCGUCUAGCCGAUGCAUUGCAGCGUGUCUCAUUUUCUCCCAAGCGCCCACGUAGUCCGCAAACAUCUUCGCACCAGCCCAACCAUCGUCACGCUCAAGUGCCACCGUCUCCCCUUACACGAAACGUCUCUGAAUCGCACAAUGCAACACCUCGCCCACAACGUCGACCUGCCACCGUCGCGCCUUCACCUUCACCUCAGUCUCAAUUCACUAAAGCGGCGCGAGGGAUCACGCGAGAUCUCGUUGAGGAGCAAGACCAAAUGAAUGAGCGCAAUCCCUUCUCAGACCGUAGCCAUCAUAAGGAGAAUGGGCAAGCUCAUCAUACAACAUCCCAGCAUCGCGGAACUACGCAUAAAUCACGCAUCUACUUGCCGGAUGUGACCGGUUUGACGAAUGCCGUCGAGUCGCCGGCCAAGGCAGGCGGAAAGUACAAUGCCUAUUCUGCUGUAGAUCGACCACGAGACAGUGAAGCAAAACUGCUCUCCAUCUUGUCCACGGUACAGGCCAAGCUUCAUGAACUCGAAGACGAGAACGCGAUAUCACGACGCAGAGUGCGAGAAUUGGAACUUGAACUAGAGGCAUGUAAACGGGAAGUCGCGAGAGAACGUACCAAGAUCCUGGAGCAGGAAGAACUCAGUAUGCGUUACGAAGCCAGCGCGAAAGGCAAAGGCAAAGCCCGAGCAUCGAACCGGAGCUUCGACUCGAGUGACCUCGUUGAACGGUACAAAGAGGCGGUUGAGGAAAAGAAAGCUUUGGAAUCUCUGAUCUCGAGCCUAAGAACACACCUCACCCGUCUGACCGCAGAACUCUCCUCUCAUCAAGAGCUUCUGACAGAGUUGCGCCUCUUGCGGGAAAAGGACAGCAAGGCAUUGAAGGAGAAGACAGGGCAGGUCGAUAUAUUGCGACAAGAAGUGGAACGACUUGCUGGAGAGGUUGAAGUGCUUCGGGGAGUGGUCGAAGAGGGACUGCGAGAGCGACGGGCCACGAGAGAUGCAUCCGAGUCGCAUUCCGACGCCGACGUAGGAAUGACUGCUGAUCUCGAGGAGACCACUUCCGAGGAGGAGGAUGAUGACGAGGACGAAUCAUUCAGAGAUGACGACGUGCAACCGUCGGAUGGCUCUCAACACGAAGAACAUUCCGAACCUGAACCCUUUGAUCCCGAAUCCAUUCUAGGUUCAUCACGGCAGAACUUGGACCGAACUAUGCGAACAGAUCAUGCUACGCUCGGAUCAGCCUCCAAUUCUGUACCGCGCCAGUUGUCUCGGGACGUUGAACUGGAGCGCAUCGCUGCCGACAUCGAAGAACGCCGGUCCGAGUUGUCGCACCAGUCGUCACAAGAACGCUCACGUGCUUCGACACCCACACGACAGCGUCGAAGACCGACAGUAGAGGAGGUUUCUGAGACAAACAGUAUGCCGAGUCGGGCCCCGUCUCCGGUCUCUCGUACAGCCGCAGUCCGGCGCCCCGCUGGACCAACACCGUCUCGAGCAAGAGCUGAAGGAGAGCCAGAGACGCCGUUCCCGCAGAUCCGGGGUGCACAUUUGGAGCGUCUGUUCUUCUCUGCGCCAGAACACAACGCUCGCAGUUGCACUGUAUGCUGUCGACGUCGAGAACCUAUCCAAAAUCCUCCCUCAUGGCUGUCUCGCCGGAACUUGGAAAGGUCGCGGGAUGAGGAUGAGAUUCGUGGUGAGAACGACGUUGACUACAAAGCAGCAGCGCGGAAGGCUGGUCUGCCACCGCAGACCCUUGUCACACGGGUCAUCCGGGACCUCGAGGACGAUUUCACACAUUACAAGGGUGUCUAUGUUGAACUCGCAGACCAGUACAAGGAGAUGGACGCUGUUUCCGAUGUCCCUAAGCGGAAUCUUACUGCAAAGCAUCUCCGGGAGGUGGUCGAUAUUCUGGAACAAAAGGGCGACCAAAUUGCGUCGUUGUAUGAUUGUCUAACUUUCAAGGACAAACCUAUUCCCAAACACCUACCCACACAUCUUCACCUUCUAUCCUUUUCUAUCGCCCAAACAAAUGCCCGAAACUUCUGCUCUCAAACGACCAUGUCGACGUCUUCUGAACGGCCUCUAACCUACUUUGACCUCACCAUUGGCGACAAACCACUCGGUCGCGUCGUAUUCCAAUUGUACACCGACCUCGUCCCCAAAACGGCCGAGAACUUUCGUGCAUUGUGCACUGGAGAACGUGGAAUCGGCAACUCAGGGAAGCCAUUAUGGUAUAAAGGAUCUGGAUUCCAUCGUGUUAUCAAAGGCUUCAUGUGCCAGGGCGGGGAUUUCACUGCAGGGAAUGGAACCGGCGGUGAAUCCAUCUACGGCGAAAAGUUCGAGGACGAGGCGUUCACGGUCAAUCACACGCGGCCGUUCCUGCUGUCCAUGGCCAACGCCGGUCCCAACACGAACGGAUCGCAGUUUUUCAUCACCACGGUCCCCACCGCGCACCUGGACGGCAAGCACGUCGUGUUUGGGGAGGUGAUCAAGGGCAAGUCUCUGAUCCGGCAGGUCGAGAACUUCCCGACGUCGUCGGGAGAUGUGCCCACCUCCCCGGUCGUAAUCUCGGACUGCGGGGUGUUGUCUCCAGAUGAUCCUUCGCUGAAGGAGAACGCUGCUUCCGCCGAGGGCGACGCGUAUGAAGAUUUUCCGGAAGACAACGAUGGGGACUUGAACGAUCCUGCUACACUGUUGAAGAUCGCGACUGAGUUGCGGGCGUUGGCGACUUCCCUUUACAAGGAGGGAAAGACUGAGUUGGCGCUUGACAAGUACCAGAAGGCCAUCCGUUAUUUGGACCAUUCUCCUCCCCAAGAGGAAGAGAAGGAGAUGGUUGAUGCUUUCAACGCUAUUCUUGCACCCUUGUUGCUGAACUCGGCCUUGAUCGCCGUGCGCAUUCGACCGACUUCGACCAUGAAUGCGACUGUGGCUGUCACGGCGACUACGCGGGCAUUGAAUAAGCUUGAUCUGAGUCCGGCCGAUAAAGCGAAAGCUCUGUACCGUCGGGCUCUUGCCCGGGUGAUCUUCAAGGACGAAGAGCAGGCCGAGGAGGAUCUCGUGGCCGCGCUGAGCCAUGUUCCUGACGAUGCCGCCAUCUCGAACGAGCUGGCGAACAUCCGGAAGCACAAGAAGGAAAAGCGAGACAAGGAGAAAAAGGCGUAUAAAAAGAUGUUCAACUAAUUGUAUGUAAGUACUACAAUCUAAGCAGACCAACAGUAGCGUGCGAAGCAGGUCUUGCAGAUGCCGCUGCGCUCGAUUCGUUUCCGUUCCCGUGCACGAUCGCCCACGGCGCAGGCCAGACACGCAGCCCAUUCGGGGUCCUUGUGAGAAUUGCCGAGACUUGCUCCCUGGGUUGCGACAGUGAAAGUCUGCUGGAGCAUCCCCUGAAUUUCUGGCUCUGUGUAAAUUCCUUGGCCCGUGGUCGUGUUGGUCAGGGGUGCCGACCCGUCGCGAGGGGGCGCGCCGUUGGCGAUGUAGACCAACAGCGGCCCCGCAGUCUCGUCGCAUCCGAAGAACGUCGGUCGGCUGGUCAGGCCCUCUGCCAAGAAUGUGUCUGUCGUGUUUGGGACAGCAGGGAACCGAGCAAGGCCCCGAGAGAACAUCUGCAUUCGCUCUUGCCUACAGAAACACUGGUUCAACCACAAGACGAGAAUCCCCAGAUGUGCAGCAACUCACGUAGCAAUGAGCGAGGCGCCCUGGGCAUACCCUAUGUUGUCGCUGACAGCGUCGAUCUCGACGAUGACGUCGACCUUGCGGUCCUUGACAAGCAUGGGCUGCAGAGGCGAGACUUGGCCGUCCUCUCCCCCAUCGCAGAGCGCGAGCACCGUCUCAUGCGAGUCGGCAAAUGUCUCGGGGGCAACGCCGUGAAACGGGUUCGGGUAGUUGCUCGUGUCGAGGCGGAGCGUAUGGGGCUGCGGGAAUGUGGCGUUCAAAAUGGUCGUCAAGUUGCCAGUGGCCGCGGCUAAGGUGGCUGCCUGCACGAGAGGUGAGACGGGCUGACCCUCAAACACGAGGAACAUGGCUUGGUCAAAGCCUACCGCGCAGAGAGUUUCGUUCGUAGAUCCGAUGUGUUUCAGAGGCGUGUGGGCAGCCAGAACGUCGUCAUAACUGCCAAACUCGACUGUACGGCGGGGGCCAUCAGCCCAAAGCGAUAGAAAAUACGAAAGGAAGCCCAUACACAGAUUGUAUUCGAACAUCGGAGUGUUCAGCGGAACAAAAUUCCCGCCCGGGAAGAUGGUGCCGUUGAUAUGCUUGGAGACGAGGUUGACAGUGAUGAUGGGAAGAGGCUGUUCAUGGGCUUUGAAGGUCGGCCUGGAAUCCGACUUGAGGCUUCGAGUUUUGAGCGAUAACGUACACUUACAAGUUCAUCAGAUCCGAGAACAGGAUGUUCGAGCCAUGGGAUCCCGGGCCGAAAUAGUUGUCGGCAAGGGUGCCAUUGGUGAAGUGGCGGGCAAGCCCCCGUCCCCAGAUGUCUCCGAAUGAGACAGGGAACGAUCUCGCCUUGACAGCGAUCUCGUCCAAAAUCUGCCGGAUCAAGGCUGGCUGGUCGGACGCGUUGUUGGCAGUCACCAGUCCCUCCUGGAAGAGCCAUCCGGCGUAGUCUUGCUUCUUGCCGUCGCCGAAGAUCAGGUGCUGGAUCGUGGGGAAGUUGGCCUGCGCAAGCGACGUGACAAGCCAUGAUCCUCCACUCAAGCCCGAGAUGUGGGUCGCGGCCUGCAGCAGCCCUCCAGUGCCCUUCUUCGCAGCAGACGCGUUCCUGCCAUCGAGCGCGUUCAAGACACCGGCACCGAAGAUACUUGCUGUGACACUCGAUCAGAGCCAGCCCGCGAAACCUGGCUAGCACUGCGCCGCGCCGCAUGCUCACCUCGAUAUCCUCCGCCACUAGUGCUGAUCCCAACCGUAGGCAGCUCAUGUCGGUGCUCAGAUUCCAAGAUCUCCGUCAAGUACUGUGGGAGGUGCACCCCCGUGCCUUGGACGUUUUUGAGAUAGGUCUUGAACGCCCCGGUGUGGGCCACCUUCUCGAGCCGUUUUUGGGCGUAGUGUUUUUCGGUGGAGCUGAUGGAUUGACCGCGGCGCACGAGCUCGAAAUCGGCCGGACAGCGCUCAAAUGAUGGGCCAAUCGCAGCAGACGCGGAGGUGGAGGCUGCGAGCAGGGCGACAACUAAACCACUGCGCAUCGUGCGGGAGAGCGGGGGCGUUCGACGUAGACACGGUCAUCUUCUGGAGCGGGUGGGACUUAUACCUGUCCCGAUGCCGGUAAACGUGCAGAGUCUCCGAUUGGUAAGAACAAUUCGAUUUCAAACACGUUACACAAACGUGGGAGGUCAGGUCUAAGAUGGAGAUUUGAGCGUCGCUAAUAGACGGCCCGCUGGUGAUGGGAUCAUUUUGUUCCUUGAAUUAGGGGCGGUCACUGCGCGACGCGUGGUGGCGGGGCGUCAGAGCCGAUCAGCUGAGCUACACCACCAACCUGUCAUAGCGUCAGGUUGAUGUCAAGGUAGGACGUCAAAAUGACGAGCUUGGCUUACAUCUACUAGAUGUUGUAUAGACACACAUGCUUCAUCUUUCUCUUGACUUCGUUAUGAAGCCUAAAUUAAACUCGUCUUAUAUCUCUCUGAGUAGUCGUCGAUACAUCAGAACUGGACAUCAAAAAUUAAUCAUGUGAUGCUUUACGGCGUUUUCGUGGGCGCUCAUCUGCGCCAACUUCGUACUCGAUGAACUCAAACACCAUGGUCCCUGCUGUUGUACGCUCUCCCUGCGUGGAGCCCUCCUCCUCACUGUCUUCAGCCUCGGACACACCCUCAUCUCUCGCUUUCUCCACUUCAGCCACGGCCCUGUCUGCUGCUUCACGUUUGGCUGCCGCGUUGACUCGUCGCUUUUCGGCAGUCCUUUUUCGCUUAUUCGUUUUGAUGGAUUGGGCUUUGGAGGACAUCUGCAAGUGGAAAGAUCGUCGAUCUAAUUGCAGUGGACGAAGUUCCGUCAUUGCAACGGGAAGGAUGCGGCAGAGUUGGAUGUGGUUAUGACAUGCUGAGAGAUUGAGGACAAAGUGGUCAUUGUCUGAGUGCCGGAUGAGCUGGAUAGUCCGUCUCCUCGCCGACAGUCGUGCUGAACCGAAAUCGCAAACUGGAUCGCACUUGCAUCCAAGACUAAGAAGUUCUUAGACCCCAAGACAAUGUCCGCACCCGUGGGACGACGCAAGAUCGGCCAAUCGAAGUCUGGAUGCCGUUGCUGCCCCAUGACAAAGCAUUCUAUCGUGACCACAGGGAGAGGUGCGUGGAGAAGUUCAAGUACGCGGCCGAAAAUGACCUCGUUCCCAUUGUCAAAUGCCACGAUCCAUCCUCCUUUUUCCACGGCAUCUCCGCUCUGUGCCGUCAGUGUCUGGCCGGGUCGCCAUAACUCAGUCACGAAUCGUGCUGUGACAUCUUCAGGGGACAUUCCUCCGUUGUGAUGCAGCUGAGAUUGUUCCUGGUCUGACGUCUUUUGGGCACGACCAACCAAGCAAACGUUGGAAUAUAGUGUCAUUGCGAAGCACAUGGCAGACCGCUUCUCCAGCAUGUACCCAACGAUCUUGUUUCGUGUCAUGCCAGAGCCCGCCGCAAAGUGCUUGGCGAUUACUGUAAACAGAGCACAGUCGGAAAACAGCGUUGAAAGACUCCUGAGUCUCGGUCGAACUUCUGAUAAGCGGUCCAAAGCGACAAUUCGGGAUGGGUCAACAGCGUCAAAUGCAUCGAGGACAUUGGCGACAGCAAUCCUGAUCUCAGCAAGAUAUGCUGACAUGUUGUCAAUCUCUGGGACCCACAACCGAGCACCCAAGUCACCAGCGGCUUUGAUGAGCGCGAAUUGCUCAGGAGUUGUGAUUGCGUGAACAUGGAAGGCUGCUCGGAUAGGUGGAACAUCGAGACCACUCAAGUCCAUGGAUUGAAGUCGAAUAGCGAAUGUACUUCAUGAUCCCGAGCAGGAUUGUAUGCAACAGUUCGACUGGGGUAUCCUGCGAAGGAUCAAGUCCCAAAAGGUCAAGUACAAUGUCUUCAGGUCGUCGUCGAGAACCUGAUCGCAUUUCCUUGAACCUGGCAAGCAAUAACCCGAUCCAGUGUUGGGUGAUCUUGUCCUUCGUGCCUGUGGAUCUCUGGAGCUCCUCGAUGGCUUUGGAAUCACCGUAGGAUGCGAGGUUGAGCUGUGUUUGAAGACAGACUUCAUCGGACUCUUUCUCAAUCUUCUUCCCCCCCAGUGGCACCUGCGACACGGAAAGUUUGCGUUACUUCCCAUAUGACAUGCUUCUUCCGACUGCUGUGGAUUGUCGGCUGGCAACCCCGGGACCCGAAGAACGACACGAGCUUUCUGUUUGGACGCAGCAUUAAAGCAUCGAAUGGGACUGGUUUCCGUGGCCUUGACUUGAUCUCGGAAGGCAGAGAACUGCUCGGCGGAUGUGGCAUGUGGAGAACUCGAAAGGAAAUGGACAUGGAAUUCCUGCUGAAGGAGACGUCCAGGAAGGCAUCCGUUGCCUGUGUACAUAUUCAUGUGCUUAUUGUAUUGUUUUGAUCGGUUUCCGGAAACAUCGUCAGC